AUGGCUGUCUCUCAGAUCUUGGGCAAGCUCAAGCCCAACCAUGCACAGACCGAACACGCAGAAAACUCUUCCCCGUCCGUGCCCACGUCUGGCUCUGCCUCUCUCGCUGAGAAGAACGCCCGGUACGAUGACAGCAAAGUCCCUUACCUGACAUGGCGCUCAUUCAUCAUGGGCAUUGUCGCCUCCAUGGGCGGUUUCAUUUUUGGUUACUCGACUGGUCAGAUCUCCGGCUUUGAGACCAUGGACAAUUUCAUGGAGCUCUUUGCACAGCAUGAUGCCAGUGGCUACUACUUUAGCAACGUCCGCUCUGGUUUGAUUGUUGGUUUGAUGUCCAUUGGUACCAUGAUCGGCGCUCUGUGUGCCAGUCCUAUCGCAGACCGCUUCGGAAGGAAAAUUUCCAUCACCUUCUGGUGCAUCAUCCACAUUGUCGGUAUUAUCGUGCAGAUUUCGACCACCUCCAAGUGGUACCAGGUUGCCGUGGGCCGUCUCGUGGCCGGUCUCGGUGUCGGUGCCCUUUCCAGCGUUGUGCCUAUGUACCAGAGUGAAUCUGCUCCUCGUCAAGUCCGUGGUGCCAUGGUUAGUGCCUUCCAGCUGUUUGUCGCUUUCGGUAUCUUUAUUGCCGCCUGUAUCAACUACGGCACAGAGAGCCUUGAAUCCACUGCUUCCUGGCGUAUCACCAUGGGAAUCGGCUUUGCUUGGCCGCUGAUCCUUGGUAUUGGAAUUAUUUUCCUGCCCGAGUCUCCUCGCUAUGCUUACCGCAUGGGCCGCGUUGAGGAGUCCAAACGGACUAUGAUCAAACUCUACGGCGUUCCCGAGAAUCACCGCCUCGUUGCUGAAGAGAUUCAAGACAUGAAGGAAAAGCUCGACGAAGAGAAAACCGCUGGAAAGGCUUCCGUCUUUGAAAUCUUCACUGGCCCUCGUAUGUUCUACCGCACAAUGCUCGGUAUUGUCUUGCAGUCCCUCCAGCAGCUCACUGGCGCCAACUUCAUCUUCUACUACGGCAACACCAUCUUCGCUUCCACUGGCUUGAACAACAGUUACGAGACCCAGAUUAUCUUGACUGUUGUCAAUUUUGGUGUUACACUUGUCGGUCUGUAUAUCGUCGAGCACUACGGUCGUCGCAAGUCUCUUAUUGUCGGUGGCCUCUGGAUGUUCGUCUGCUUUAUGAUCUUCUCUACAGUGGGUCACUACUCUCUCGACCAUGCCAACCCCCAAGCGACGCCCAAGGCUGGUACGACCAUGAUCGUGUUUGCCUGUUUCUUCAUUGUCGGAUUCGCGACCACCUGGGGUCCUAUUGUGUGGGCCAUUGUGGGUGAACUCUACCCAGCACGCUACCGAGCGACCUGCAUGGGAAUUGCCACCGCAUCCAACUGGACAUGGAACUUCCUCAUCUCGUUCUUCACGCCUUUCAUCUCUGGCGCCAUCGACUACCAGUACGGCUACGUCUUUGCCGCGUGCUCUUUUACUGCGGCCGUUGUUGUGUACUUCUUCGUGUGCGAGACCCAAGGCCGCACACUUGAGGAAGUCGACACAAUGUACGUUCAGUACGUCAAGCCAUGGCAGAGUACAAAAUGGGUUGCGCCGGCAAACAUUCGCCGAGCUGCUAUUGAAGAUGAAGAUGAAAGUGCAAAGGGUGCCGAGGAAGUCCCUGUUGCAUCUCCAUCAUCAUAA